AUGAUGAUUUCAUUUUCCAUCCAAUCGCUGGCUCGUUACCAGCUUAUUCUCGAAUAUAAAUUGUCAAACCCAAAUUUCUUAACAUUUUUACAACUUUCUUCAUUUCUUUUCAGCUCAAUUUACGUAGUAUAUCGUAUAUCGAAAAAGCAAUUCGAGCUUUCUCGCUACUACAACGUAAUUUUCAUUUCCAUUCUCGUCACUGUUGCGAUGAUCCUCACUAAUUACUCUUCAUUCAAGCUCACUGAGUCAACACAAAUACUUUUCAGAUCUCCGCGUUUGAUUCCCAUCAUGAUUUCCAACAUUUUCAUUUUCCAAAAAUCCCAUUCAAUUCUUGUAGUUCUUGGCAUCUGCUGCAUGGUAUGCGCUCUCGUUGCUUUUGCUAUUGACGAGUUCUCAGAAGUAGCACAUUUCGAUAUGAGAGGCAUCAUUGCGACAAUGUUUUCGAUAUGCAUUGACUCUUUUGCUUCAAAUCUUGAGGAAAAGGUCCUCAUGGAAGAUGAUGCAGGAAUUUACCCCACGCUUUGCUUGGUAUUCGGUCUUAGCAACAUUUAUAUGAUUAUUUUCAAUAUUUUUAACGGCGACUUCCUGAACGGUCUCAGCAUUAUUCACAAAUACCCAGAAUGCAUACCGUACGUCGCACUCUUUACCUUAUCGGGACAUUUUGGCUUCUAUAUCUUGUUCAAUAUCACAAAAAGAUACGGAUGCAUCGCUGGCUGUGCCCUUGUUUCUAUUGGAAAGCCAAUUAUGUCGUUCAUCCGCCAGCCAAAAUUCACCCACAUGACAUUUUUCUCUAUCAUUUUGUUAUCUUUCGGAAUUAUGCUUAAUGUUAUCUCUGUUUCAUUAGGAAAGUCCGUAGAUUACGUUGAAACAAAGGAUCAGGCUGCUGUAGCUCAAUUCCCCUUGAUUGCUGAAGAAGAAUCCGCAGAUAAUGACGAUGACGUUGAUGAUGGACCAUUGACUUAA